UAUACUUUUGGAUCGAAAUAUGAAAAGAAAAUAAACGCCAAAACUCCCGGUCCGGGAGAGUACGACAUCGAAGGUGUGACCAGAAUUGGCAAAGACUGGACUCCAUCUGCUUUUGUUGGCGCAAAGUUCAAAGAACCCGAACCUUUCAAUACUCCGGCGCCGACACAGUAUUCGCCCGAAAAAAGUAUUUAUAACGCGAGGGGACGACAGGCACCGAGUUAUACGUUUGGCAUCAAGAUAAAGGAUGCGUCAAGUGAUGUAACGCCGGCGCCGACUGCUUAUAAUGUUCCCGAACCGGACGCCUAUAAAAUCCAAAAGCAACCGAUGUAUACAUUUAGGCCCCGAACACAACUACCCGCAGACAAAACACGCAAACCCGGACCAGCAGACUAUGCCAUUGAGAAGGUUUGGAUCGAUAAGACAAACGCUCCAAACGUGACAUUUGGGUCGCGUCCGUCUCCGUAUGCGCUCAGCUUUUAAUCGACAACUUUGGUUAAUAUACUUUAUAUCACAUCAUUUAAACAGUAUUUUAUUAAUUACAAAACUAAUAAAUAAAAACUUUAUAUUAAAAA